AUGUUAGAUGUUCACCUACAUUUUGUUCCGUUCUAUGAACCACUUGGAGAGAUUGACUUUGGUUUAGAAAUUCUCAAGGAAGUAAGAGCCACCAAAAUGGACGCCGAGGCAAAAAUUGGAGUGAAGAAGAAAUGUUUCAACUUUCAGAGGGUCGUAGCUGCUGAAGUACUGAAAAGGCUUCCACAACACUUGCAUUACCCAACUAAUGAAUCCGUGCGUUACCCAACUAACGAAUCGGUGCGUUACCCAACUAACGAAUCGGUGCGUUACCCAACUAACGAAUCGUUGUGUUACCCAACUAACGAAUCGGUGCGUUACCCAACUAACGAAUCGUUGCGUUACCCGACUAACGAAUCGGUGCGUUACCCGACUAACGAAUCGGUGCGUUACCCGACUAACGAAUCGGUGCGUUACCCGACUAACGAAUCGGUGCGUUACCCGACUAACGAAUCGGUGCGUUACCCAACUAACGAAUCGCUAGUUUCAGCUGAAGGGAGCAAUGUUUCGGAUGGUACGGACUCGGUGUCACAUAUUCCUGGUGAAAGUAGACCCUUUCCCUUCCGUGCAGCUGCACUGGACCUCAGAGAAACCAUAGGUGACACCACAUGCACAGAAACAGAGUCUGUUGUUAGUUCUCGAAAAGAUCGUCAUGGUCAUAGAUCUUCUAAGCAUCGAGACAAGCAUUUUCACGACGAACAUACCCGUAUCAAUGGUCAGAGUAAAUAUGGACAUGGCCGAGUAGAUCGACAUAGAGGUGGACACCAGUGUUAUGAAUCGUCUUCUAUGGUGACAAGUGACAUUGAAACUACAAGUUUUUUAGACUCUGAAGAAGAAUCUAGAAGCAGAAUAUCAACCACAACAGGAGAGAGUAGUGUAUCAAAGAUUCACGCCCGCUACCGGCGACGAAGGAAAAAGCAUAGAAUGCCACCAAUGAGUAGGACCUCAUCCAUUAGCAGUAUCACAGAAUCAACCAUGUCUCUUAACAUCAUUACAGUCACAUUAUAUUUAGACAGUGUCAAUUUUCUAGGUAUCAGUAUUGUGGGGAAUUCCUAUAAAGGAAGCGAUGGUGGAAUAUACGUAGGUUCGAUAAUGAAGGGGGGUGCGGUUGCUUUAGAUGGAAGAAUUGAGCCUGGAGACAUGAUUCUCCAAGUUAAUGAUAUUAAUUUUGAAAACAUGGGAAACGAAGCUGCAGUGAGGGUUCUCCGAGAAGCUGUCCAGAAACCUGGGCCGAUAAAGUUAGUCGUAGCAAAAUGUUGGGAUCCUAACCCUAAAGGCUACUUCACGAUACCAUGGACGGAACCUGUCCGACCAAUAGAUCCAGGUGCCUGGGUGGCCCAUACAGAGGCUGUGAGAGCUGCUGAUUAUUCAUUACGCCCUCCAUCCGUUACCACCAGUUCUUCCAUUACUAGUUCCAUCCCAGAAUCAGAUCGUCAGUUACAAGACAUUCCACUUUCAAUAGACAGUGACAUGGCAACCAUAGUAAAAGCUAUGGCAGGUCCUGAAUCAGGACUAGAUGUUAGGGACCGCAUGUGGCUCAAAAUAACUAUACCAAAAGCCUUCAUUGGUGCCGACAUUGUCGACUGGCUAUUUAACCACGUUCAGGGUUUUCAAGACAGACGAGAAGCUCGUAAAUAUGCCACACAGAUGUUGAAAGCAGGGUAUAUUCGGCACACAGUGAACAAGAUAACAUUUUCUGAACAGUGUUACUAUGUAUUUGGAGAUCUGUGCAGUAACUUAACGGCUCUAAAACUCAAUGAAGACAAUUCAGUGAGUGAAGCAGAUCGAGAUACUUUGGGACCACUCCCCCCACCAACGGUCCAGUCCCCAUGGGGGACACAGAUGCCUUAUUCUGGUAGCUAUGUUCCCCAAGCCACUGGUUUUAUUCCAAUGCCAUUCAACUACACCAAUGAGGCUCCUGCUGCUACUAGCCAAGCUCGGGAGGGUAGUAUUAAAAGUGGCUCAGGAGGAAGUAGCAAUGGAGGAGUUAAGGAAAAAAGUAGAAAGAGUAGUAGCCCUGGAGGUAGUGAUUCUGAAAUAGCUAGCCAGCGAAGUGGUGGCCAGUUGGGUAAAGUAGCAGACAGCGGAGGCAGAGGUGGUGGAAGCAGUGGAAGCGAACCUAGUCUCAGUAUCCGGACAUCUCCAAACGUUGCUUGUCUCCAAGCCGUCCCCACGGAACUUGCUGGUAGUAGACAAUCGUUUCACAGAGCUAUGGACAAUCCGUUCGAGGAUGAUAUACAGGAAUACAGAUUUACAGACCAGGGAGUGGUGUAAUUGUAAAAUAUACUCAAUAUGUUGCUGCUCUUAUGUGUUCAGAGUUUUGAAUUCCCCUCUAUUUAUUUAAAAUAUAAUAAUUGUGUAAGACGUUUGUUGCUGAUAUGACCUGAUCCCUUUCCCAUGUGUUGUUUCAUUUGGAAAUUAAAGAUUAACAAGCCGUAAACAAGUAUAAUUCUGUAAGACCCUAACUCAUGAUGUAAAGGUUUAUUUAAACUUUGUUUGAUCUAUCCUGUACAGGUGAUUUAAUGUGGAAAUUGUAAUAGUCUAGCCAUAAACAAGUAUAAUCCUGUAAGACCCUAACUCAUGAUGUAAAGGUUUAUUUAAACUUUAUGUUUGAUCUAUCCUGUACAGGUGAUUUAAUGUGGAAAUUAUAAUAGUCUAGCCAUAAACAAGUAUAAUCCUGUAAGACCCUAACUCAUGAUGUAAAGGUUUAUUUAAACUUUAUGUUUGAUCUAUCCUGUACAGGUGAUUUAAUGUGGAAAUUAUAAUAGUCUAGCCAUAAACAAGUAUAAUCCUGUAAGACCCUAACUCAUGAUGUAAAGGUUUAUUUA